CAGUAAAGCAUCUCCCUUAUUGCCAAAUUAUUGCCGGAUAUGUCGCUGUUAUGAUGAUCUGAGUAUACAUACUCUUUCUGUCCUACUGCGAGUAGCGAAUUAGACUGGAAAGGCACAGGGUUGAAUAUCAGGGGUGUGAUAAAUGUGAUCAUGGAGUCGGGACGGCGGAGAGGUCUGAGCAGUGUCCUGUCCUCCCUGUCUCUGCUCUGUGUGCUCCUGGACCUACAGCUGGACGGUGUGUUAGGAGCAACACCUGUUGAGAUUGAGCAUCAUCUGGAAAUGGGCCGUAAGCUGCUGGCAGCCGGACAGCUGGCUGAGGCCCUGUCUCACUAUCAUUCAGCUGUGGAGGGUGACUCGAAGAACUACCUGACAUACUACAAACGAGCUGCUGUGUUCCUGGCUAUGGGCAAGUCCAAGUCAGCGCUGCCUGACCUCAGCCAGGCCAUACAGCUCAAGCCAGACUUCCUUGCUGCCAGACUGCAGAGGGGUAAUAUUCUACUGAAACAGGGAAAUACUGAAGAGGCCAGGGAAGAUUUUCUAGCAGUACUGAACCGUUCCCCGGAUCACGAGGAAGCACAUGAUCAGCUCCACAAGGCCGAUGAUCUGGAGUUGCUCCAGAAAGAGGCACAUGAGGCCCAUCACCGUGGAGACUUCAUCACUACUGUCCAAGUGCUGGAGAAAGUCAUAGAGGUGAGUUAGU